GCGCCAUCUAACGAUAGCGUUUAGUUAUUUGGUCUUAUUUCUCUGUUUGUUUAUGUUUGUUUCUGUUUAAAUUUAUCAUAAUUACUUAAGUUAAAAUGAGCGAAAUAAAAGUGACACCUUUAGGUGCUGGACAAGAUGUUGGCCGUAGUUGCAUUAUUGUCACAAUCAACGGAAAAAACAUAAUGCUAGACUGUGGCAUGCACAUGGGUUAUAAUGAUGAUCGUCGUUUUCCUGAUUUCACUUACAUUACCAAAGAAGGGCCGGUUACAGAGUUCAUCGAUUGUGUCAUAAUUAGCCAUUUUCAUCUAGACCAUUGUGGUGCUUUGCCUUAUCUGACUGAAAUGGUUGGUUACAAUGGGCCUAUCUAUAUGACCCAUCCAACAAAAGCAAUUUGUCCUAUUCUUUUGGAAGAUUUUAGGAAAAUUACAGUCGAUAAAAAGGGUGAAACAAACUUCUUUUCCUCCCAGAUGAUAAAAGACUGUAUGAAAAAGGUUAUUGCUGUAAAUCUUCACCAAGUUAUCCAAGUCGAUGAACAAUUGGAAAUCAAAGCUUAUUAUGCGGGACAUGUUCUAGGAGCUGCCAUGUUUAAGGUUUCUGUUGGUCAACAAUCUUUUGUUUAUACUGGAGACUACAACAUGACACCCGAUCGUCAUUUAGGAGCUGCUUGGAUUGAUAAAUGUCGUCCUGAUAUUCUGAUUACCGAGUCAACAUAUGCAACAACCAUAAGAGAUUCCAAAAGAUGCCGUGAACGUGAUUUUCUUCUCAAAGUACACGAUGCUAUUGAAAGAGGUGGCAAAGUGUUGAUUCCAGUCUUUGCAUUAGGACGAGCACAAGAAUUAUGUAUCUUACUGGAAACUUAUUGGGAGCGAAUGAAUCUAAAAGUUCCUAUUUAUUUCGCAAUAGGUUUAACAGAGAAAGCCACUAAUUAUUAUAAAAUGUUCAUCACUUGGACAAAUCAAAAGAUUAAAAAAACCUUUGUCCAGAGAAACAUGUUUGACUUCAAACAUAUCAAACCCUUUGAUCGAGCUUACAUGGAUAAUCCUGGUUCCAUGGUUGUCUUCGCUACUCCUGGUAUGCUCCAUGCAGGUCUUUCUCUUCAGUUAUUCAAAAAAUGGGCUCCUUUUGAGAACAAUAUGGUCAUUAUGCCAGGUUAUUGUGUUGCUGGUACAGUUGGACACAAGAUUCUUGGGGGAGCGAAAAAGGUUGAAUUUGAAAAUAAACAAGUAAUAGAUGUAAAAAUGUCAGUUGAAUACAUGUCUUUCAGUGCUCAUGCUGAUGCCAAAGGAAUCAUGCAGUUAAUUACCCAAUGUGAACCUGCUAAUGUUCUUUUAGUUCAUGGAGAAGCAACUAAAAUGCAGUUUUUGAGUCAAAAAAUUAAACAGGAACUAAAUUUAGAAUGUUAUAUGCCAGCAAAUGGUGAAACAGUUUCUAUCCCUGUUAAAAUAAGUGUUCCUGUUGACGUUUCUCGUAAACUUCUCAAAUCAACACUCCACCAACCUAUGAUUGGAUCAGAAUUGGAAGUCAAAAAACCUCGUUUACUCCAUGGUACUUUAGUCAUAAAAAAUGACGAAACGGGAACAACUUUCAAGCUGAUCGAACCAGACAAGGCAAUGAACGAGAUGGCUAUUAAACCUCAUCAAAUUCGUUUCACAUCAUCUGUAAGAUUGGAAAAUACUAACCGUCGACCUGCUCUCCAAUUAUCUGAAUUAAUUUACAAAUAUUUGUCCAACAAAUUACGUGAUCAACACAAUGUAUCCUUUUUAAAUGAUGCAUCAAUUAUGGUCUCUUCGGUAAUGCUUCGAGUCGACAUGACCUCAGACGAUGAAUAUAAAGAUGUUUACGUUUCUUGGGCUGAUGUUGACGAAUCACUGGGUAGUUAUGUGGUCAGUCUAAUUCAAGAUAUCCAAAGCACAUUAUAAAUUCAUAUUUAUAAAUAACCCAACCUACCGUAUCGUUUCACCAUAAACUGUAUUCAUAAAGAAAUCAUCAAACUCUUUGUUAUUUAAUUAAAUAAACAACAUUAGAUGCUAUCAAGUGCAUCAAAGUAAGCAAA